CGUUCGGGUCCCAGUCGGUCGGUGCUGCCAGCCGCUCUCCACGAGAGGAGGUGCGGACGGCAGCAGUCACCAGGCGGCCCCCGAGCCAGCCGCCCAGCCGCCGCGACGCUCUGCGGGUGCCGAGACGCUCCGCCGUCACUGGGACACUCUGCAGUCGCCCGAAAGUUGUAGCUUUGCCGGAAAGCUCCGCCGUCGCCGAGACGCUCCAUCGCCGCGACGAUGACGAACCGUCUCCCCGCCCCGCCGCCGAUGACGUCGAGGAUGCUGUUGAUGUUGUUCCUGGUGAUCGCACAGCUCCUGGGCCAGACGUCGGGCCAGCUCGCGGACGUCUCGCGGUGGGACGACCACAUGUUCGAGGCGCAGGCGACGGUGGCGGUCGAGCGGUCGCUGCGCCCGCAGCUCUCUGCCAAGGAGGCGCGGCCGUCGCCGCUGUUCGAGCCCCAGGACGACGGGAGCCCGUGGGAGAGGUCGGCGUCCACCCCGCGCCGCUACGUGUCGCCGUUCCAGGUGGCUCGACUCGUGCUGCAGACCCUCGACACAGACACGGACGUGGGAGCGUACGGACGGUUCGAGCUGGUCACCGGAGUGACCGCCACGCUCACAUCGCUCUAUUUCCCGGGCCUUUACCCGCCGUACCAGUGGAAAACCUGGCAACUGACGGCGGAGGACGAGCAGGCCACGCUGCGGAUGACCUGCGACACUUACGAGCUCGGCGAGGGCGACCGACUGGUGCUGCGCGACUCAGUCCGCGGCCGGCGCACCUACUACAGUCCCGGCGACCCGCCGCCAGAUGUCACCCAGCCCUUCAUCCUGCUCGAGCUGCGAUCCCGUUCCGAGGGUCGGCUCCGCUGCUCGGUGAAGGCUGUGCGGGUGGAAGGAGGGUCACAGCUGGGUCAGGUCACCCCGGUCAGCCGCCCGGAGUCGGCUCAGUCGCAGCCUGGUGUCAAACCGGAGCUGGCUGAGACGAAACCGUCUGUGCCGCCCAAGAUCGUGACUCCCCGACCCAAACCAUCAACACCAGCCCCGGUUGUGACCACUCAGAAACCCCAACCGGCGGCUAAACCGCAAACUCCCUUCUCUCAGAAACCCCAGAAACCUAAGCCAGCGGCCAAGCCCCGACCUCCCCCACCGUCAGAGAGACCAGUGGUGCCCUCUGAGGUCGGAGUGGCCCUCAACCAAACCCGUCAAGUCGACCGGCCGGUGGACCUCAACGACCCGAUCUGUGGAAAAGUCCAAACGAACGUCCGAAUCGUCGGCGGGGAGGUGGUGCCUCGCAAGGCUCUCCCGUGGAUGGUGGGCAUCACCAGCCUGAUCGGUCGAGGCCCGUACUGUGGCGGCAGCAUCAUCAACGAGCGCUUCAUCCUGACAGCCGCCCACUGCGUCAAAAACCGAGAAGCAAGUCGUAUUUCCGUACUGGUUAGAAAGUACAAACGAUACAGGGACGAAGAUCAAAUCCGAUUCUACGUGAAGAAAAUCAUCAAACAUCCCGACUACAACAAGAUACGCUCUGAUAGUGACAUCGCAAUCUUGGAGCUGAGGGACAACCUUCGAGAGCUGAUCUCCAGCGAGGACGGCCGUGUGCGACCCAUCUGUCUGCCCUCAGCGGCCUGCGGUGGCGGCAGCGGACCGGCGGAGGCCUGUCUGACCGGCCGAACCUCACUGAUCGCCGGCUGGGGCCUGCUGCGCCAGGACACGCUCGACUACCCGGACGUAGCGCUGCAGGUCGAGCUGCCGGUGCUGUCCAACGACAAGUGCGCGGAUGAUUACGCCAAUGAGCCGUUUGUCAUCACCAGUAACAUGGUGUGCGCUGGCCUGCCCGAGGGAGGCAAGGAUACGUGUCAGGUUAGUGGCCUGUGUCAGAGUGUCAGAGUGUCCGGUCAAAGGGCCCACAUGUGUCAGGUUUGUGGCCUGUGUCAGAGUGUUAGGAUGUAAGGUUAAAGCCCAGUC